AUGACUACGUCGCGCAAAGGGAAAGCUCCGGAUCGAGGAACAGCGUCUGAACCCCGAUAUCACUCUUCCCCCAAACGACCAGCCGCCGCCGGUGAGGGCAGUCCCUCCGCAAGAGCCUCGAAGAGACACCGCAUCUCCGUGCUCGAUCUGCUUUCACCCCAGCAAGGCAGCAAGUCGAAUGAUAAGUCCCGAGACGAGCCUAUCGAGGGAGAGGGCGAGAUGGAAGUAGACAAGAUGCAGUCCGCUAGCACUCGUCAUGCCAAAGAUGCUUUCGCCAACAUGUACGAAUUCAAUUCGACGAGGCGGAAGAAAGAUGACCUCAGCGACCCAAGUGCUGUGCCAGAGAAUGGCCGACGCAGACCAGCGUUUGCAAACCAAAUCGUCCCUUUCAAUCCACAGACGGGCCCGAAGAAACUUGUGGUGAAGAACCUACGGGCCGCCACCCGCCUGGAUACUCGGGCAUACUUUGAGAAGACAUGGAAAGAGAAUGACAAAGCCCUCGAUGCCAUCUUCAGAAACGAGAAGGAUCCAUACUCCUUGGAAGAACUAUACAAAGGUGCAGAACACACCUGUCGGCACGGCCACAGUGCGGACCUCUAUGAGCACCUGUGCGCGAAGUGCGAGACUCAUCUGAAUGACAACGUCAGGGAUCGCAUCCGGCGGGAAGAGGCACAGUCCUCAGACGUCGACGUCGUCAGAGCUUUCGUCAAUGCCUGGCAGACGUGGCAGAAACAGCUGCAGACCGUUCGCCAGAUCUUCUUCUACAUGGACCAGACCUAUUGCCUCCGUACCCCACACAAGAUGGGCGUGUUGCAGAUGGGCUUGAGCAAGUUCAGGUCUUCCGUGUUUCAUGACCCUUUCAUAAAGUGUAAAACACUUCAAGGUGUCAUAAGUUUGAUCGAUUCUGAUCGGAGAGGUAACCUCAAUGAGAGUGACGCUUUGCUCCUGCACCAGUCGGUCGACACUUUCCACGAGCUGAGCAUUUACACCAGCGAUCUUGAACCAACCAUCUGCGUCACGACUGAGGAGUACUUCCGGGCAUGGAGAGAUACUGAGUCCAACAAGGACUCGCUGGGUGAUUACGUCAACAACUGCACUGAUCUUCUCUCCCGAGAGAUGGCGAGAUGCGAUUCCUUGUCUCUAGACCGCAAUACGAGGGUCCGAAUAUCGCGUCUCUUUGACAAUAUCUUUGUGGAAGAAGAGCUGGAAACUCUUACCAACGAGGACGGCAUUUUGGAUCUUCUCGAGGACAACAAGUCGACAGAACUAGAGCGCCUGUACACUUUGCUACAGCGUAAAGGACACGGGGAGUUGAUCGCGCCAACCUUUAGUAAGUACGUGGAGACAGAGGGAUCCUUGAUCGUCUUCGACGAGAAGAGGGAAUCCGAGAUGGUAAUCAGGCUGCUCGAUUUCAAGCGGCGGCUGGAUCAUUACGAGAAAUACUCUUUCCACGGCAAUGAGGCACUGGGCAAUACUCUUCACAAAGCCUUCGAGGCAUUCAUGAAUAAAACCAAGAAAUCCCAGUCGAAUUGGGACACGGACAACGCUAAACCGGGAGAAAUGAUUGCGAAGCAUGUCGACCUGCUACUUAAAGGUGGCGUCAAAGCCGUCCCCCAGCUCCAAACACAUAAGCACGGUCCUUCCAAGCCCGAAGAAGAGCAUGACUUCGAUGAUGGCGCUGCCGAUGAAGACGCUGAGAUCAACCAACACCUCUCUGAUGCAUUGGAUCUCUUCCGUUUCGUCCACGGUAAAGCCGUCUUUGAAGCCUUCUACAAGAAAGAUCUAGCUCGCCGUCUACUCUUAGGCCGCAGUGCCUCAUUCGACGCUGAACGGAACAUGCUCACCCGUCUGAAGAAUGAAUGCGGUGCUGCAUUCACGCACAAUCUGGAAUCCAUGUUCAAGGACAUGGACCUGGCUCGCGAAGAGAUGAUGUCGUACAAUCAGCUCUUGGACGAUCGCGGAGGCAGGGCUCCCGGUCUGCCGGACUUGCAUGUCAAUGUGCUCUCCGCGGCAGCCUGGCCUACUUAUCCAGACGUGGCGGUGAACAUCCCCCCUCAUAUUGCCAAAGUCAUGUCAGAAUUUGAGACACACUACAAGGCGAAACAUUCUGGCCGCAAGCUGACGUGGAAACAUUCUCUGGCGCACUGUCAAUUACGUGCCAAGUUCCCAAGGGGAAACAAGGAACUCAUGGUGUCAGGAUUCCAAGCCAUCGUACUGCUACUUUUCAACGACAUCCCAGCAGACAAGCACCUCACGUACGACGAGAUCAAAGCUGCCUCAGGCUUGGUCGACGCCGAGCUCAAGAGAACACUCCAGUCCCUGGCGUGCGCUAAGUAUCAAGUCCUCCGCAAAAACCCCAAGGGCCGCGAGGUCAACGAAACCGAUACAUUCAUGUUCUCUCAGUCCUUCGCCGACCAGAAAUUGCGCAUCAAAAUCAACCAGAUCCAACUCAAGGAGACCAAGGAGGAGAACAAAGAAACGCAUAUCCGAGUGGCGGCGGACCGGCAUUACGAGACGCAGGCGGCGAUUGUGAGGAUCAUGAAAAGCCGGAAGAAGAUCGGGCACAACGAGUUGAUUGUCGAGGUCAUUAAAGCCACGAUGAGCCGGGGCGUGUUGGACCAAGCGGACAUCAAGCGGAAUAUCGAGAAACUGAUAGAAAAGGACUACAUGGAGAGAGAAGAGGGCAACACGUACUCCUACGUCGCGUGA